UGGUGUUUUUCCACAAUAAUUUACUAAAGUGACAACUUUCCAAACAAAAUCAGGAAAGUAUUCACACCUAAUCCAAAAGUUUUAUUAGUCCAACAGCACAGGAAUAUUAAUGUUGUCAAUAUUGUAAUUUCCCCUCCCACAAAUAAAUUUCAAUUUAUGAUACUAAAUAAAGCCAAGGGACAGUUAUAAAGCACAAAGGCUUUCGUCAUUUAUUCAUUGUAAGUUCCCACAAAAAAAGAGGCAAUUUUAAAAUUCYUUUGAGAAAAUUAAUUCACAGCAUUUAAAAAAAAGGGGUUUUGUUGUAAUGAGUCAGAAGAACAGCACUGAAAUGCACUUUUAACUUUCCUUGUAGAUAAAUUUUCAGUUCCUCCCGACAGAGCUAGUCUAUGAAAUGAAAUAAAGAUAUCAGGCUUAUAUAGCGCUUUAUUAAUUAUAUAAUCUGUCAGUGAAACUAAAACUUGUUCAUUCAUAUGAAUAAAUUAUUGACUUGGAACAAGCUUAUGUUUCUUGCUAAAAGUUACUUAUAAGUUAAUUUAGUCUUAUUUUAAAUGUAUUAAGCUAUUUGCACAAUUAACUAUAAAUACACUUAGUAAUAUUUUGUGUUUUUGCAGUGAGCAGGAUAUUUACUAGAAUCUGGAAAAACUGUAAAUAGUGACGAAUCUAGAGUCUAACAUUACAGCUGCUGGGAGGAAGGAUCUGUGUUAACGUUCCUUUGUGCGCCGCGGAUGCAGCAGUCUGUUACUGAAAGAGCUCUCAGCUUCUGAAUGAAGCCUUUCUGCUGAAUUUUAUAUUUAUGUUUUUCUCUCCAGAGUCGCCAUGUCUUUUCCAGAAGAACAUGGAAGCCAUCAGGAGGAUGAUGAAGAGGAGCAGGGAGAGGGAGAAGAACGCCCCAGAUACAAGCCAUUGGUCACACAACUCGCAGCGCCAAAAAUCCCAGAAGGAGAGAGGGUUGACUUUGACGAUAUCCACAGGAAGAGGAUGGAGAAGGAUCUGCUGGAGCUGCAAACUCUGAUUGAUGUUCACUUUGAGCAGCGGAAGAAGGAGGAAGAGGAGCUGGUUGGACUCAAAGACAGAAUUGAGAGAAGGAGAGCAGAGAGAGCUGAGCAGCAGCGUGUGAGGGCUGAAAAAGAGCGAGACAGACAGACACGGAUUGCAGAAGAACGACAGAGGAAAGAGGACGAGGAAGCGAAGAAGAGAGCGGACGAUGAGGCCAAGAAGAAGAAAGUGCUCUCCAACAUGGGCGCUCAUUUUGGAGGAUUCCUUGCAAAGGAAGAACAAAGAAGAGGCAAGAGACAAACGGCAAGAGAGAUCAAGAAAAAAACUCUAGCGGAGAGACGGAAGCCGCUGAGUAUUGAGAGCCUGAAGGAGGACGGCCUCAGAGAGAGAGCCAAGGAGAUGUGGGAAUGGAUCUAUCAGCUGGAAUCAGAGAAGUUUGAGCUCACUGAAAAGAUGAAGAAGCAGAAAUAUGAAAUCAACGUCCUUCUGAACAGAAUCCAACAUGCCCAGAAAUUUAAGAAAAGCCAUGGGAAGGGGAAGGUUGGAGGCCGAUGGAAGUGAGGUUUCCCACAUUUGCAAAGUGGAAACUAAGGAGAAGAUUUUUCCCCAGCUUGAGAUUUAGCUGUAGUAAUUUUCUUGUGUUCAGCUCUUCAGGUUUAAUUGUCCAUUCAGUUAAUAAAACAUACUUCAAUUAAACAGU